AUGGGAGCCGACACGAAACGGAAACAUUCUAAGGAGGAGGACGAGGCCAAGAAGGCCAAGAAGAGCAAGUCAGCCACCACAACCACACCUGUUGAGUUAACAACAGCUGUCGAGGAGCAGGACCGGCCGAGCAAGAAGGCCAAGAAGGAGAAGAAGAACAAAGAGGUCAAGGAGAAGAAGAGCAAGAAGGAGAAGAAAGACAAGGACGACAAGAAGGACAAGAAGGAAAAGAAGGAGAAGAAAGACAAGAAGGAGAAGAAGAGCGCCAAAUCCGACUCUUCCGAUGACGAGUCAAGCGCACCUUCCAGCCCAGCUCCUGUCAGCGACAUCACCAGCAUGGAUGUGGAUGAGGAUGAGGAGGUUUUCGCUGCUGCUGCUGUCGUUCCUACGCUCUCUGCAGCGGAUAUCAUUGCGCAGUACAAGAAAGCCCAGGAGAGCAAGGCUCUGUUUGUCGUCACUAGCAAUGGAUCUGGCAGUCAGGACUCGGAGGAAUCGCAGAAGUCUGCCGCUGAGGGUGCUGCAAAGCCAUUCUAUGUUGCCCAGAUGGGUGCCAAAGUGGAUGACAAUGGACUGACGAGGAAGGACAGACGCCUUUUGAAGAUCAAGCAGAAGCAGAUUGACAGAAAGAGCGAAGGAAAUGGCGAGCCUGCAUUCAACGUCAAGGCUGGACACGAAAUGCUUACUCUCAAGGACCUGCGCGACUUGGUUGUGUUUAUCUUAACUGAGACGCCAUCACUGCCCUGGGUCGAGGUGAAAAACAAGUUCAAGAUCGACAAGGUCGUGAUGAUCUACGUUGCAGGACUGGACCCUCAACUUUUACAUAUCAACCUUCAAUCACCCGACGCACACAAGGCCGUCGCCUGGGGUGAGCGCGUGGAAAAGAACAAGGGUGUGGCUACCGAGCUUGAUUAUUUACGCUGGAAUUUCGAGCAAGUCAAUGUUGUCAAAGCCACGGGCGACAAGUUCAGAAUUCAUUCUCCUACCAACACUCUUUUGAGUGUGCCUCUGAGCAACUCUGAGAAGAUGAAGCGUGAAAAGGAGAAGAAGGCCGCCAAGUCAGCAAAGAACAGGAAGCCAGAAAACUUCAUGAUGACCCUGGAAGAGCUUCGCGAGAACAGCUUCCCUAUACCUCGUUAUCUGGAUCCCAGCCUCCCUGAGCUGAAGGCCGGUUGGACUGAGACUGCCAAGCCGCCAAAGACGACGCUUUCGCCUCCUCCCAAAAAGAUGAUUGCCAUGGAUUGUGAGAUGUGUAGGACAGAGGCAGGACAAGAGUUGACGCGAGUAACGCUGAUUGAUGAAGCAGGCAAGACCAUUUAUGAUGAGUUGGUGAUGCCCGAGAACCCCAUUCUCGACUAUUUAACACAGUACUCUGGUAUGACUGCAGCCCGUCUCAACGGUGUCACUACCCGACUGGCUGAAGUGCAGGAGAAGCUGAAGGAUCUUGUGGACUAUAACACCAUCCUGGUCGGGCACUCUCUUGAAAACGAUAUGCAGGUCUUGAAGCUUGCACAUCCAUUCAUUAUCGAUACUAGUUUGGUCUACCAUCAUACCCGUGGUCCACCAUACCGUCCCGGUUUGAAGUGGCUCUCCCAGAAGUGGCUCCAGCGUCAAAUUCAAGCCAACUUGGAGCGUGGACACGACUCUGCAGAGGAUGCGCUUGCCUGUAUGGAUCUGAUCAAGCUCAAGUUGACCAAGCCCAUUGGAUUUGGAGAGUAUGAACAGGACCAGGAAUCUCUCUUCUCGCGACUCCAGAGGUUCAACAACCCCAAGACCUCGGCGCUGAUUGAUUCCGAUGCUUUUGCUGGUCAGUCUGCGACGACUACGAUCCGGACAAAGAGUGAUGAGGAAGUUGUUGCGGCCGUUCCCGAGGUGAUCAAGAACCACAACUUUAUCUGGGCGCGGUUAAGAGAUAUCGAGCUCAACCACGGUAAAGUUAAAACUAUCGACUUGGCCGAGGGUCAGAUUGCCGAUAAGGGUCGUUUGUCCAAGGUCAGCAGUAGUGACAAGAUCCAGGCUUCGGAGGAGGAGAUCCGGCAGGGACUGCGAUCGAUCGACAAGUCUAUUGAGCGCAUUGUCGAUUCCUUGCCACCCCGUACUGCUGUGAUUGUGGCGAGUGGACAGGGAGACCAUCGCGAGGUGUCGAGGUUGCAGCAGCGCCAGAAGCACUUUAUGGAGCUCUAUAAGACCAAACACUUGUCUGAGAUUCCUAAGGAGGAGCACUUCCUGGAGGCUGACGAGAUUUUAUUGGCCAAGGCUGUUGAGGUCGCCAAAAGUGGUGUUUGCUUCCUGAAGAUCAAGCAGUAG